AUGGAAGAAACGAAACGGCAAAAACAGCGGGAAGGCAUGAGUGUGAUUGAUGGCGGCAUGGUAUCCAUUGCUAAAGAAGCACACCGUGCACACCUGACGCCUAUCUACGCUUCAAGCACUUAUACAUUUAAUACAGCCCAGCAGGGGAUCGACAUCUUCCAGGGCAAUGAAGAAGGCUAUAUCUAUGGUCGCUUUGGCAACCCUACCAUACGGGAAGCAGAAGCGAAGAUUGCCUUGCUGGAAGGGGCCGGCCUGCGUAACAGCGACGGCCAACCGCUGCAACUAUACGCGAUCUUACAUGCCUCGGGCAUGGCGGCUAUUACCACGAUGCUGCUCGGCAACCUGAAGUCCGGGGAUAAGAUCAUUACCCACCAUUCGUUGUACGGCGGCACCCAGGAACUGGUAGAUAAGAUCCUGCCAGGCCUUGGUAUUGAAUCAGUGAUCGUGGACUUUCAUCAGCCGGAGCUGGUGGCAGCGGCCAUUACUGCCGAUGCACAGAUUAAGAUGAUGUACAUCGAAACGCCCGCCAACCCUACCCUGCAAUGCGUAGACAUGGAAGUGCUGAGCGCGCUGGGCAGGCAGCAUCACCUUAUUGUUUGUGCCGACAAUACAUUUGCCACCCCAUACCUGCAACAACCUUUCCGCUAUGAGCCUUGUCAAUACCCUUACCGUUUUCCCCUUAUGUACGAUCAUUAUUUUUCCAUAGAAGAAUUACGACACCACUUAAUCACACAACGUACUAUGGAACAAUUAAAACUGGAUGUCGCCGUGAUCGGCGGCGGUUGCUCCGGCGCUUAUAGUGCCUGGCGUUUGCAACAGGCUUAUGGCAAGGAGCAAAGCAUUGCCCUGUUUGAAUACAGCGAUCGUAUUGGCGGACGGUUGUACACGGUAACCAUGCCCGGCCUGCCCAAUGUAAAAGCGGAAGUAGGCGGCAUGCGCUACAUCCCCACCGAACAUAAGCUGGUGGCCGAUCUCAUCACUCAUCUCGGACUGGAGACCAAGGAUUUUCCGAUGGGCGCUCCGGAGCCGCGCCCAACCUGGCUCGAUAAAGAUUAUGCCCUGAUGCCCGUAGCCAAGGGCGGCUGUGGUACGCUGGAAGGCUGUAUUACCGCGACGGCAAUGGACGCUACACUGGCUUCUAUGACGCCCAAUUGUUUAACCAAAGUUCAGGAGGGAUAA